CAUUGCCCAACCCGCGCCGCCGGGGCCCGCCGCCCGGCUACCCGCACCGAGUGAGCCGCGGCAGCCGGAGCCCGGACGCCGGCCUCGAGCGCCCCGCGGACGGGCGGGCGGCUGUGGACGGGCGGGCGGCUGUGGAAGUCCGGCCAGCAGCCCGCAGCAUGGAUUCGGAUUCCGGCGAGCAGAGCGAGGGCGAGCCCGUGACAGCCGCAGGUCCUGAUGUUUUUAGUUCCAAGAGCCUUGCCCUUCAAGCCCAGAAGAAGAUCCUGAGCAAAAUAGCCAGCAAAACCGUGGCGAACAUGUUGAUUGAUGACACCAGCAGCGAGAUCUUCGAUGAGCUCUAUAAAGUCACCAAAGAGCACACCCACAACAAGAAGGAAGCCCACAAGAUCAUGAAAGACUUGAUCAAGGUGGCAAUCAAAAUCGGAAUCCUCUACCGGCACAACCAGUUCAGCCAGGAGGAGGUGGUUACCGUGGAGAAGCUCAGGAAGAAGCUGAACCAGACCGCCAUGACCAUCGUCAGCUUCUACGAGGUGGAAUACACCUUUGACAGGAACGUGCUCUCCAAGCUCCUGCACGAGUGCAAGGACCUGGUGCAUGAACUGGUGCAGCGACACCUGACGCCCCGGACCCACGGGCGCAUCAACCACGUCUUCAACCACUUUGCCGACGCGGAGUUCCUCGCCACCCUUUACAGUCUGGAUGGAGACUGUCGGCCCAACCUCAAGAGAAUGUGCGAAGGAAUCAACAAAUUGCUAGAUGAGAAAGUCCUCUGAAUGCCUUCUCUCCUCCUGGACUUUGCCGACUCCAGUCGCAGCACCCGGUGUGGUCCAGGUUAGAGCCCAGAAAACAGGAAACCCUUGUCCCAGAUGCCCGUGUCCUGCCCUCGUUACCUGUCUGCUGUUGAGGCCGGAUUUCACUCAGGUGUGUUUUCCCCCUGAGCCCACUGACGAGCUCUGCACUUCCAAUCACCUUGGUCUGCCAGCAUGAAGGACAUUUCAUCUCUUCUAAGCGGAAGUCUGCUGGGCUCAUCAAGGUGAGCUCGCUUCAUCUCGUGGUGUGACGGAGCCCUGGACCAGGAGUUGGAGGACACGGUUCCCAGCUUCACCAGUACGGCCAUCCUCGGGAUCCUGGGACCACGAUGCCCGCCUGCCUACCUCCCAGGGCUGCUGUGAGGCCGCGUACGUUCACGCUUUUGAAACUCUAACGUAAGGUCUUAUAUUUUCUCUCUGGAGUGUGAGAGGGAUCGACCUGCAUCUAGACUACUGCAGUAGCAGAGAAGAAACGAGUAAUAGUGUCUAGUGGGCCGGGUUUACAGUCUGUCUCUACAUGUGCUGUUUCAGAAUGAAUACAAAGGUAUGAAGAAGCAUAGCUGCAGGUUAGAAAAAUGUUUUCCAAGAGUUGUGUUUUUUAGGUGCCAGGUGCAGGUUUAUGAUCCUGCAGAGGGAGUCUUCCCAGCAGGGUGGGGUGUGGAGUUUCCCACUCCCGACACAGGGGCAGAGAACUGUGCCCCCUGCAGGCCCGGCCUCCCCCUCCGAGGGGCGCCGCCCCGUGAGCUGCGGGAGGGCUCAUCCCAGCAGCGCGGGAGAGCGGGCAGAACGAACCCCAUCCAUCCCUCCUGGCCUUUCACAGUCCCAUUGUGCUAGUUUCUUUGGUUUGUCAAUAAAUUGAAACUGCCCUUCAAACAAGAGGUUUUGGAGUUGUGAUUCCAAAAUAAAAUACCUUGGAGUUCGAUACAGCGUUAGGAACAACGGGACUGAAUGCAGACAGUGAUAUCAGGAGCAGUGCA